UGGUAUUUAGAGUAAAGAUCCCUACGAUAGCGCCCGUUUAUAAUAGCUUUUACCAAAUAAAACCAUAUGCUUCAGAUGUAGGUCUCUACCGGAAUUUGAUCCUUGACUCAUGGAGAAAUCUUCCGAUGGAUAAGGCGCAGUUCAAAGGUUACAAAAGCGGAAGACUCGUUAUGGAUUUGAGAUUUGAUGUACGUAAUUCAACCCUUCAUAACUGGUUUCAGUAUGAAAGACUGCAAAGGAACCCAUGGACUGAUCUGAACGCAACCAGCUUUAAUAUGUUUUCAUCUCUAGGAAAUGAAGUCGAUCGUUCCUUCACCAUUGGAUAUUUUGGAGAUAAUUGUGAUGAGGAUCGUGGAUGGUUGAUUGUUAUUGAUCGUCAAUUUAACUGUUCGUAUGCCAAUUUCUCGCAUUAUCCUGUCAUUCUUUAUGCCAAUUCAAAGACACAAACCUACUGGAACCGAGGAUAUGGACUGCUUGACUACAUGGCAUUGUAUAUCCACCUGAAUUAAUGGCAAAUCUAAGUUAACUGUUGCUUGUUGUGUAAGCUUCUCCGAGUUCAAUACUUAGGAAUAUUCUACGAUUUUGCACCCGCAAUUAUCAUAUUGGUCCACUUUUUGGAUCUUUACCGUUUGACCGACAGAUUUAAAAAAUAAUCUUUUGUAACUAAACACUUUCAAAUUCCGGGCACGGUUAGAA